AGAGUUGAUCCCAAAGUUUGUGUUGAUAUUUGCAAACAAUAAUAAUAAUCAUAAUUUGCAAGCAUUUAGUGUUUGUGUGAGCGUUGACUCAAUUGAAUGCAAAUUUGCUUUUCAUGUCAACUAUGGUUACAAUCAAUUGAUUGACACAAUCGAUGGCCAACUGAUGGAUGAGAUCCACGACUGUCUCCAGAGAAUCACUUAAUUACCCAUUAAUUCGCUGUCUUUACGGCUUUUCCUCUGCAGUUGUCAUAAGAAUCGAUAUAUUCUUUAAAAUAAUGGUUAAGAAGAAGAAAAGUAUUUCUCCCGAAAAACAAAAUACGAGUGAUUUGAAUGACACGACAACUGAUCCGUCAGUUGAUCCGCAGUCGGAACCGAACUCAUCGGUUAAAAGCAAUUAUCCGUUCAAAAGUCAAGAGUGGGUCUCAACUCGUAGUUCCAGUAAUUCAAAGAAGACUAAAGUGUGGAAAAGUCUCAAACAAAUACUCGCGAGCGAUAAGUCUUCGGCCAUCACUGGUGUCUCGUAUGCAUCGCUCGAUUGUAAGCCUUCCCGAAGACCAGCCAAAAGAUAUUCGGAUUUAAGUGGACUUCCGGCCAAUUAUAAGGACCCGACGACUCAACUACUGUACCAUAAUUUGGAUGAAUUCGCUUUAAUCAAGACUUUUUCAAAUGAUAUCAUUAAUGGAUAUUUG